CUGUGUCAACUGAAUCAGGUAAGGCUGUGCAAGUCCUGGAUCAGUGUCUGGGCUCAGUAAUGGGCUGGAUGUGGACCAAAUAAACUGAAGCUGAAUCCUGGAUGGAUUCCUACCAAUCCUCAAUGAGGAAUCCUGAUGUACCCAUUCUCCUGCAACAACAUAAUGACCUUGCUUCAGUGCCUCCUAGUGCUGUGCCUAAGAAACUCUGCAUAAAGAUAAUGGAUGAUAGUGAAGAUGUCUGGCUCUCUCUGAAGCCCAGUGAACCAUUGCCUUCUCAGUGCUGUGGUAGUGGCUGCAAACCCUGCAUCUAUGACAUAUAUCAGAAGGAGCUGGAGCAGUGGAAAGAGGCCAAGGCAAAAAAAGACAGAAGCCUACUGACAAAGAAGCAGCAGCAAAGUAGUAAUUCAGAACUAACUCCAGAAACGUUUACGGCUUUCAUCGUAAGCUCUGUGAAUCAGCUGACAGAGGACUCCUACCAGUACGCAUUUGAAUUGCCUGGAAAUAGCAGCCUGGGGUUGAGUUUAGGACAACACAUUGUGCUAAGAGGACCGGUGCAUGGUUUGGAGGUUCAGAGAGCCUACACUCCAAUUACUCCAGUGAAUACUGAAGGGUACUUUGAAGUUUUAAUAAAGUGCUAUGAAACUGGACUAAUGUCACAGUAUGUAAAAUCCUGGAAAGAAGGAGAUGCUGUUUUUUGGAGGGGACCAUUUGGAGGCUUUCCUUACACAGCAAAUCAGUAUGGAGAACUUCUCAUGCUUGCUUCAGGAACUGGUCUAGCACCAAUGCUUCCUAUCCUUCAGUAUAUAACAGGAAAUGAGGAUGAUGAAACAUUUGUAACCCUGGUGGGCUGCUUCAGGACUUUUGAAAAUAUUUACAUGAAGUCUCUUCUUCAAGAACAGUCUCGAUUCUGGAACAUAAGAACAUUUUACGUACUAAGCCAGGAACAUUCACUUGAAAAUCUGCCAUGGAGCUAUCGAGAGAAGACACACACUGGUCGAAUAAAUGAAAACAUGAUUAAGAGUAUAGUGGACACAUGUAGAAGGCAACCUUUUGUACUGAUAUGUGGUUCAGUGACAUUUAGUGAAGAUAUGGAGAGAUACUUGAAAGCCAUUGGUCUUGAAGAAAAGUCAUAUUUUAUAUUUUAAAGUGCUUUAAAUGAAUAACAUAUUUGCUACAAAUAAUAAUUUACUUUGGUCAGGUUGGAUUAUUAAACAUAUUUUGUUAUGCCAAUCCAUCCAAGUUUAGGGAUGAGUUUUCUGAACAAUCCCAUAAUGAACAGAGACCACAACUAGUGAUGUAAGUCUAGUCCCGUUUGCAGCAAGUUAUUCUUCGCAUAAUUCUCAGUCUUUUGAGGAGAUACUCAUCAUAGUCAGCAGACAGGUGCUUGGAAUGAUAGUUGCUGCUCUGGGAUCCUCCACUAGCCAACACCAGUCAGGGCCGGCCCACUUACUCCAGGAGACGCUCUCUAGGAAUGGAUCUCUUGCCAUGUCACAGACAAGCCUAUGCACAACAGUGCAGCUUUACAUAAUUAGAGUUGUGCUCUACCAACAUACUCUGUAGUAUGAUGAAAGAUCCUGAAAGACAUAUUGGAGAUGUCACACUAGUAUAAUGAUCCCCCUAAAAAUAUUGUUGCCCAAGAGUCUGGAUUGCUUAUGAUAGCCUUGACACCAACCUCUCAGCCUUGUAGAAGUCUAAGCUGCUGGGUGUACUGUAACCACAGCCUUCGUCACUCUAUUGAGAAGUUUGUCUCGUCUUCAGAGCCUUGACCUCCAUGGUGCUGCCCACAUCCUUCGUUAAAGCCACAUGUGAGUAUUCUUGAGUCAGGUCACCAAAACCAUAGCACUUGGAAAACAAAGGCAUACAAUUUUUUGUUUCAAAGCUUUUUAUCCAUAUGAAAACUAAGAAUAUAUAUUUUAUUUUUUUCAUUGUGCUAUAAUCUCAAUUUUCCUUUUUCAUGAUACCUAGGAUUCUCACAUAGGGAGCUUUGGGACCUCAUGAGACAUGGAAACCACAUAUUGAUCGCCCCUAAUUUGAUAUCGGAGCCUUUUGACCCCUAUGCUCCUUCUUAUGAUAAAAUUAUUUUUGUUUCUUAAAAGUGAAAGAAAAUUGUGAAAUCUUAUCUGGACAUUAUUUUUAGCAAUGGAGUAAUUUUUAGGCGCAGCUAAAUAAAGACGUAGGG